AAUAAUUUAUAUAAGCAUCAGGUCCUUCGAAAUACUAUAGCACCAAAGAGAUAUUAUGAAGAUAUAAAUAAUAUACAAGAAUGUGAAGUUCGAGAAGCACUUCGAAAAGAAGCAAAGAAACAUAAAUAUUGGAAAGGAAACGUUGCUGGUAAAAUGCUCAUUGAAAAUAUCCAAAAUUCUGCAUGUUUGCAUUAUGUUCUCGAAAGUUUUACGGAAAUGCGAAGCACAACUAAGGCCACAGAAGGUGCAACACUUGAAUCUUGCACUGAAGUAUUCAAUCCUUGGAAAUGUGUUAUUGAACCAGCUGAGGAUUUUGUCGAUCAGGUUAAGAUAAUGGAAAUGCCAGGCACAAGUGACCUUAGUGCAUGCAUAACGUGUAGCGCAGAAGGUUUAACACAUUGUUUCUUCUGUAGAGGCUAUGGCACUGACAAAUGCGCAUAUUGCCGAGGAACAGGUAUGAAAGCAGGUGUCGCACAUCCAGCAAUAUUUACACAUCCAUUAGUCGGAACAUUUCCACAUCCAGACCUUUGCCGAGGAUAUCCAGGCACCGGCACCGCAGUUAUCCGGCCCACUUCUGGAGGGUCGGCUUACGGUGUUGGUACGCCGGUUCAUUUCAUGGCAAAAGCCGGUGUUCCACCGCCAGGGAUAGGGCAACACGACCUUUGCCAUUUUUGUCAAGGUCGAGGCAUUCGUGGAUGUUCGCACUGUAAAGGAAACGGCAGAAAAACUUGUUCUACGUGUGGUGGCAGUGGGAGCAUUCGUUCUUUCGUAAAAUUGAGAAUACAAUUUUCAGUUGAAAGGUCAGAUUACUACACACCAUGCGAUAUUCCACAAGAAUUAUUGCAGAAAGUAACUGGACAAAUUAUUUUAAACGAAGUACGACCAUAUGUGCUCCCAAUAAGAAAAUAUCCCGAGGCAAGCAUAAAUGAAAAUAGUCGCAAACUGUGUACUUCACAUCUGGAAAAAUGUUUAGGAAGAUGUCGCAUUUUGAAACAGCGACAUUACUUAGAGGCAAUUCCCAUUGCUCGGAUCCAGUAUCGGUUCGGUUCACAAGAAGGUGUCUUUUGGGUUUACGGCAGUGAACAUUUAUGUUUUAUACCGCAUUAUCCAGCAAAAUGUGCUAUAUUUUAA